GAAGACGUUGCCUGUCAGCGGUUACCAAGCUGUAAACACGUGCCUAAUUACGAAUUAGCGAAUUGGCGCGGAAUAGAUUUUGACCUUUUCUUACAAUAUUUUCAUUUCCUAACCAUGUCAUCCUUAGCUAAUGGACCAGGAACACCACUCAGAAAGGCAGUGGGUCCUGCAGCGAAAGUCACCGUUGUUUUAGGAGCACAAUGGGGUGAUGAAGGGAAAGGAAAGCUCGUCGACAUCUUGUCCACAAAUGCUGAUUUCGUUUGCCGGUGUCAGGGUGGGAACAAUGCUGGUCACACAGUGGUUGUUGACUCAGAGAAAUAUUUCUUUCACAUGGUUCCAAGUGGACUGAUACAGCCGAAGGCUGUUAGCAUUAUUGGAAAUGGUGUAGUGAUUCAUAUUCCGCAGUUCUUUGAGGAGUUAGAGGCACUUGAAGCUAAAGGGGUCACAGAUUGGCAGAAAAGACUUCUAGUCUCUGAUAGAGCUCACAUAGUAUUUGAUUUACACCAAGAAUCUGACAAAUUACGAGAGGGUGGAAAAGGAGGGUUGGGGACCACAAAGAAGGGAAUUGGUCCUACCUAUGCUUCCAAGGCACAAAGGAUAGGCCUUAGAAUAUGUGACUUGGUAGGAGACUUUGAAGUGUUUGAGAAAAGAUUCCGAGGACUGGUUUCACACUUUCAGAGGCUGUAUCCAGGUCUCAGUACAAACAUUGAAGAGGAACUUGUAAAGUACAAGCACUAUGCAGAGAAGAUUCGUCCAAUGGUUUGCGACACAGUAAGCUACAUGAACAAAGCACUCCAGAAUGAGUCGGCAAACAUAGUAGUGGAGGGAGCAAAUGCAUUGAUGCUAGAUAUUGACUUUGGUACAUAUCCUUAUGUAACAUCCUCUAACUGUGCCGUUGGCGCAGUGUGCACUGGGCUUGGCAUUCCACCAACAGCAAUUGGUAAUGUGCAUGGGGUGACUAAGGCCUACACAACAAGGGUUGGUCUUGGAGGAUUUCCAACAGAACUUACGAAUGAGCUUGGAGAAAAGAUGCAGCAGAUCGGAAAGGAGUUUGGAGUGACAACAGGCAGAAAGCGACGGUGUGGCUGGCUUGAUCUUGUGAUGAUCAAGUACUCUCACAUGAUUAAUAAUUUUACAAGUCUUGUGAUUGCCAAGCUUGAUAUUUUGGACACAUUUGAAGAAGUGAAAAUUGGAGUCGCAUACAGGCAUAAAGGAACAGUUUUGGAAUCAUUUCCUGCUUCUGUGGAAAUUUUGGAUGAAGUUGAAGUUGAUUACAUCACCCUCCCUGGCUGGAUGACCAGUAUUGAGCAUUGUAAAACGUUCCAUGAACUGCCAGCCAAUGCUCAGGCUUACAUUAGAAAGAUUGAAGAAAUAACACAAAUACCAGUGCAAUGGGUUGGAGUUGGGCAAUCCAGGGAUGCCAUGAUCACUUUGUUUUAGUAAAAUUUGCCCUCAUUGAAAGAGAGUCAGCACCACAAUAUAGACGUUGUCGCGCAGCAUUGUUUUCAUAUCGCUAUAUUCUCUGAAAGUAAUCAAGAAUGAACUUUGUUUUUUGGGAACAAGACAAAUAACUUAUUUCAAUAGGGUGCUGUUUAAAAACAUUGCCAGUAAAACUAAAUCUUGUAGUUUUCAUCACGUCCCUGCUGCUGAGUAACGAUAUUUCUUAAGUACAUUUAGCUGAUGUCACAAUAGACUGCUAUCGAUAUAUUUAAAGCCUAGAGACACAAACAAGAGAAAUAAAUAAAAUUGCUCAUUCAAUUUCUAUUGUUUGUAUCCUUUAGGUCUUGCUGACUAGCUGUAUAUACCAAUAUAUCGCAAACAGUCUAUUUUCGCAACAUGUUUUCUAGGCAAGAAUGAGAAAUCUAGGUACCUUGAUGAAGUUUUGCCAAAGAAGAUUCUCAUCUUUCUAAGAGUAUUCUGAUCCCAUUUGUAGAAAUUUUUUAGUAAAGGUGGUAAUAUUUUUCAGAGCUUGGAAAAUGGCUAAUAAUGAUCUUGUGAGAAAUACACAUGGCUGGGUUGUUCAAUGUUGUUGGUAAUGUAGUAUUUUAACGACAACAAAAAAAUGCGUGUAAUUGAGUAAACAAUAAGUAUUCUAAAGAAGAGGUUUAUUGCACCAAUAGACAAGUAGAGGCUUAUUUAUUGACUGAAGAUGAUCUUUAAAGGUAAAUCAACAGGCCUUUCUGGUUAAGGGCUUGUUUCCUUUAAAUUAGACCCAGUGGUUAAUUUACAUUUAUCAUUUUCCAUGAUAUUGUCUUAUGUCAUUUACCCUUACAAAAGCAGCUUGGUUUUCUGUUGGCAGACAAAAAAUAAAUAGCUACUUUUACCUGACACAUGUCUCAAGUUUAGCAUUUCAGUGGUAAAGCUGAGCGUUGCUGUUGUAUCCAGUCAGUUAAAUGUCUCCUGGUUACACUAAGUUAUCACGUUUAGUCAAACCAAGGUACAGAUACUAAGAGUAGUAUUAGUAUAUUAUUAUUAAAGUAACCUUUCGUUUUUAGGAGGCCUUAUCAUUUUCAAGCCAACCGAGUUUCUUUUUAAGUCCUCUCUGUGUAAUUCUAACUUAUUCAUACAUUUUCAUAUUGAGCUUAAAGUGUGCAAAAAGUGACAUGAAAUAUGAAUUAUUUAAGAGUGUAAUUUUUUUGGAAAAUACUUGUCAACUUAUGGUCGGCUGGUGGGAUCUUUUAAGUCAGUAAGCCACAAGACAUAUGGUUCUAGAAUUUUAAUUCAGUGUGAACAGGCUAAGUACAUAAGGUCUUUUUUUCUUGCUUAAGAUGUGAAUUUUUGAUUAAACUUAUUUCAACACUU